AUGGCCAAUAUGGAGACACUUAGGGGGAAAAAAACCCCAAAGCUUUAUUUAAUAGCUUAGCAGUUAGCCCUGUUCCCCACUGAGCUGAGGACCAGAAUUCAAUUUGCUAUGCGUACAACCCGCAAAGUAUCGGUGUGGCCCGUGGGACUGGUAGGAGGACGACGGUACGAGCGCCCGGUCGUGGAAAACGGCAAAGUUGUUGGCUGGUACACUGGCUGGAGAGCUGACAGGCCCUUUGCUAUUGACAUGGCAGGAUUUGCUGUGAGUCUUCAAGUGAUUCUGUCGCAUCCGAAAGCCGUAUUCAAGCGUCGUGGUUCUCAACCAGGAAUGCAAGAAUCUGAUUUCCUGAAACAGAUAACAACAGUGGAGGAGCUGGAGCCAAAAGCAAACAACUGCACAAAGGUUCUUGUAUGGCACACGCGAACAGAGAAAGUAAAUCUAGCUAAUGAGCCAAAAUACCAUCUGGACACAGUCAGUAUUGAGGUAUGAUGUGGAGACAGAGUUACGCAGAAGUACAGGACAAUGGAUGUGUCAGAAGGUGUUUGAAUUCAACCAGUAAAAAUAGUCUACUUCUGCGUGAGACCUUUAAAUAGUCAUCUGAUGGACUUCUGUGGAAACAAAAGGAAGCUGUCAGAUACUCUAAUACGCAAAUCACGUGGGUGUGCUUUGUUCUAACUUGUUUGCAUGCAUUUCUGAACUCUCGUCUUAAUAAGCUGACACUUACCUUUGUUUUAAGGCUGUUUCCACAUAGUAAAAAGAAUCAGAGACAAACAUGGCUGCAAUGGAGUAUUUUCAAAACCAUCAUUUAUGUAUAUACUUUUUGUAUUUAUCCAGCUUAAUGGUGUAAUUAUGAACUGAUUUUAACUCAC